AUGCUUGUCGGACAGACCGACACUUUGGUCGUGGCCAACAUGGCGCCGGUCGGUUGUUCUGUCCUCCUCUCGCCCACCGGCAUUGGCCAAAGUCUUUUCUCACGUCGUGCCGGUCUCGAUGCGCUUAAGGCUUCUGCAAAGACGGUUCAACUACUGGCCAUCGCGGCCGACAGAAAGAAGCAGAGAAAGAGGUGGAGAAGUGGCCAGAAGAGCAGCGGAUUGGAGUGA